AUGUCUAUCUCAUUUAAAUUGCAUGGAUACAAGCUCUAUUGCGUAAAAUUCCUCUUCUACCUCACCCAGUACUAUCAUAACUUUACCAGCUCAAGCUAUACGGAUACCGGCAUGGAAAGACCUGACAGACGACAAGAAAGAGAUGUCAACGAGUUGUUGGCAAAUGGAUUCUUCAGAACUUCUAGAGCCAGAAGCCCUUCGCCAAGAAGAACCCCGAGUCCUCCUGCGCAAAAUAAUUAUACAUCCAGCUUCCUGAGUACCUUUGAUCGGGAUGGUGGACGUGCUAGAAGUAAAAGUCGUGUCCGACAUAGAGGGCCACCUCCACCAAGACCAACAGUGGAGGAUGAGGCCGUUUCACUAGCACGAGAAUCUUCGCCAUCGUCCGUUUCCUCAUACGAUCCUCCUUCUCGUGGUGUCAUUGAUCAAUACCCUAUCAUACUUGAGUCCGAUGUUAGCGAGGGCGAGGCUGAGAGGUUACAUGCUACUCCAAGACCAAACGAGUCGAAAGAUUGUGAUGAAAACUCCGAACGGCGCUUUGUUCUUGUGCCAGACCCAGAAACAGACACAAGCUCAAACGACGAAUCUACCAAUCAAUCUAGAGAUGAAAAUAGGCAAACAGCGGGAAGAUCGGAACGAGGCAGGCCGGAAAGCAAAUUUGAGGCUAACACGGAGGAGGAUGAGACAAACAAAUUCGGUGAUGAGCCUAUGUUGAAGCCCUCGCCAUUGGGAAGAAGGAGUAGGCAAGAUUUGCCAGAUAUACAAACAAAAGCCCCUCGGGAAAUUCCGUCUCAAUAUCGAAGGAGUGCGUCUGCAUACGGCUCCAGGGAUUCCGACGAAAUCCCAAAAAAUUAUGCUGCACCUCAUACUUCGACUGGCGAAUACUUUCUCUCCCCGGAUGCAGUACAAAGUCCUCGAGGUCAAUUUAAAGAGACAUUCGAAUCCGUUGCGCAGCCCGGCCAUCGAUACCAUCCACUACAAGAAAACUCAAGAAGACGUGGCAAUUCCAUACACGAGAAGAGAAAUAGCGAAAGCAAUCUCCCUAACAACAUAUCAAGGUCCGCGAUCCCUCUGGCUUCACAGAAAGAUGGUGGUCAUUUUGAAGCUUCCUCGAGAUCCAGGCGGAAUUCAAAUGACAGAACAGCACAGCCACAGCCCACACUCGAAGAUGUAAAAAGACUCGAGAGACUCCGAGCGGGUGAAUCGGAGCGAGGAUCCGGAUCAGAACGUGCAUACUCUCCUAAGAGGUCGGCUACUUCCAACUCGAAGUAUUAUAGCAGCAGUGAAGAUGAUCUUGUAGGCAGUGGGUCUGAGCGAGGUUUUGGACGCAGACGGCAUGAACACCGCAGGACUAAGGAUUUACGGGAAGAAGGUGACUAUGAGCGGCGUGUAGACUCCCCAAGGUCUAAUAGGUCACCCAGUCACUCAAAGUUUUCAUCCCCGCUUCCUUCUCCAAAGAUAUCUUCCAAUCAAAUGCCCAGAACAGAGCCAUUUGAAAGAGCGGAGACGUUCCCACAAAAUCGAAGGCCUAGUUCGAGGCCUGGCUCACCUUUGUACAGCUCAAAAGAGAUAUCUCACGCGGACAGACUCAAUCAAUUGAGCCCAGGAUCAGUCCUAAGACCAUCCUCUCGCCAAUCGAAUUCAUCAGGGCCAAUACCAAUUCCACAAAUGCAACAGAUUCCAGCCCCUUUUCCUCAUCACGGACUCCUUCCAAUCUCAACUCCAACAAGAAUCGAUUUUCAGUCUCUAGUUGAGACUGAACGAACACCUACUGUGCCUCAAUAUGAGGAUGAGCGGCCACGAAGCACACGCCCAGCUCCCAGUGAUAAGCCCUACUGGCAACCGCCUCCCUUCCAACCUCCUCAAUUCCCGUCAGAUAACCUACAGAGACCCGUCGGUAGUUAUCGUCGUUAUUCAGAAGAUGUAGGACGAGGUGGUGUUGCGCCACUUCCAUCUUGUCCGAGAAUGGAUCCCACAGUCGGUUAUCAGGACUGGUUGACAUUACCUCAAUGUCCCAACUUUGACAUUUGUCCAAGUUGUUUCAAUUCGAUCAUAGCUCCGACAACUUUUCGAGACCACUUCGUACUUGCUCCUCGCAGACCAGACAUUUCAAUCAUAUGUGACUUUGGAAGCUCGCCGUGGUAUCGGAUAGCAUGGCUUUUAACACUCAAAGACAGAAGAAAUGAUCUCGGUAUCUUCUAUAGCCUCGCGAACGUGGGCGCAAUUGAAGCACCUUGUCCUGGGAAACGCGAAGCAUUCAACAGAUCUUGGAACUCAAUAAUCGAUCCGAAAACAGCCUCACCAAUAAAAGACUUUGAUGUUUGCAAUUCUUGUGUUAAAUCGAUCGAAGUACUCCUCCCCCCUAUCCGAGGGGUAUUCAUCCGUACGAUCGAAACAGACUAUUCCAUCUCCAUUCCACGAAUCUGUGAUCUUCGUUUUGACAGCAAACGCUUUGUGCAAUACUUUGACGUUCUAGAAACAACUGCAGAUGAUGCUGCUUAUCACAACUCCUCCCCUGAUACUCGGGCUCUUGCCAAACUAGCCCGGAAAUUUUCCAUUCUCGCUGAAUGUCAACAAGCGACCGAUUUGUUCGAUCGUCGUUGGUACAUCAUCACCCAACUUCCUGAAUUCACCGUCUGUGAAGAAUGUUUCGAUGACGUCGUACUUCCAGAACUAGAGGAUAGGAAAUCAAUUCCAUUAACUUUUAAUAAAACGCCACAGCGAUUGGAAAAGGCUAGCUGUCAAUUGUAUUCUCCGAGAAUGAGGGCUAUUUUCCAAAAAGCUUGUGAUUCUAAUGAUUACAUGUUAUUAGCUAGCAAGGCGAGAGAGAGAAAAGGCGUCGAGUUAGCAUGGAAGGUCAAUGUAGCGGCGACAAAAAGACAAAGUAGGGAGAGCAUGGUUCCGAAUCCAUUAGUGGGAAGGGAGAUUCAGAGAUUAAAUGAUGAGUGGAGGAAAUGGGAAUGA